CUAUCAACGAAAUUUUCCCGUGCCUUUUUUUUAAAAAUAAUUGGGUGUCUGAUGCUUAAGCUCGUCUUGACUAUUCUCGGAAUUCUGAGUAGUUUUUGCCGAUGGUGGGAGUAGAACCUGCGAGUUUUAAGCUCGUCUUGACUAAUCUCGGAACUUUGAGUAGUUUUUGUUGAUGGCGGGAGUAGAACCUGCGAGUUUGAUGUUUCGUUUAUUUAACCCAAACAAAGAUGAAGUUUGUAAUUUAAGUUCCUUAUUCCCUAUUGACACUCCUUUUCAAGAUAUUGAAAACCACACGAGGAGGCUGCUUUAAGCCAUAAGGAGCCAGAGUGUCACCAUUGGAGGUCUACAAAACCAUAGGCGAAUAUGACAAUCACCACCACGCCAGUUGUCAAAGACGGCUGCCUCAUGGUCCGGGGCAAGGUAGUUUUGACCGGAGUUCCACCAAAUGUUGUCAUUUCUCCAGCGAGUGGUGGAUCAGCAUUCAUUGGAGCAAGUUCAAAAAACCUGAGUUCUUACCAUGUUUGCAGUCUUGGUGUUCUUGAGGGCUACAAAUUCGUGUGCCUCUUUAUAGCCAAGAUAUGGUGGAUGAUACCGCGACAUGGAAAAUCUGGCAGCGAAAUUCCAAUGGAAACUCAGAUGCUUUUAUUGGAAGUAAAAGAGAAGUCUGUGCCAAGUGAUGAGGCAUCUUUUGAGCCGGACACUGGAAAUACAUUCUACAUUCUGCUAUUGCCCACCUUGGAUGGACCAUUUAGGACUACUCUCCAAGGGACGACUUCAAAUGAGCUCCAGUUCUGCAUCGAAAGUGGUGAUCCAAAUGUCCAAACUUCGCAAGCAUUUGAAGCGGUGUUUAUGAAUUCAGGGGACAACCCUUUUGAGCUCAUCAAGGAUUCUAUCAAAAUACUUGAGAGGCACAAGGGGACUUUUAGUCACAUUGAGAACAAGAAGAUACCUGCACAUUUGGACUGGUUUGGAUGGUGCACAUGGGAUGCUUUCUACACUAAAGUCAAUCCAAAAGGGAUCAAGGAGGGUCUUCAAAGUUUCCAAGAAGGCGGUUGUUCGCCUAAAUUUUUGAUAAUUGAUGAUGGAUGGCAAGAGACAGUAAAUGAAUUCCACAAGGAAGGAGAACCACUUAUCGAAGGAACUCAGUUUGCAACCAGAUUAGUAGACAUCAAAGAAAACAGCAAGUUUAAGGCCUCAGGCUCGGAUAACUCUUGCAUUGAUCUCAAAGAGUUCAUUGAAACCAUAAAAGAGAAAUAUGGCUUGAAAUAUGUUUACAUGUGGCAUGCUUUAGCCGGUUACUGGGGAGGACUCCUUCCUUCAUCUGAAAACUUGAAGAAGUACAAUCCGAAGAUUGCAUAUCCGGUUCAGUCACCAGGGAACCUAGGGAAUAUAACGGACAUAGUACUGGACAGCUUGGAAAAAUAUGGAGUUGGGGUUAUUGACCCUGAAAAGGUUUAUGACUUCUACAACGAUCAACACAGCUACCUUGCUAGUAGCGGUGUUGAUGGUGUCAAAGUUGAUGUCCAAAAUUUGAUGGAAACCUUAGGCUCAGGCCUCGGUGGUAGAGUCUCGGUUACUAGACAAUAUCAACAGGCACUCGAAGAAUCAAUUUCCAAAAAUUUCGCAGACAAUAACCUGAUUGCUUGCAUGUGUCACAACACGGAUUCCAUAUACAGUUCAAAGAAGAGUGCUACAGCAAGAGCAUCAGAGGAUUUCAUGCCUAAUGAACCAACAUUUCAGAGCCUACAUAUUGCAUCUGUGGCCUUUAACAGUCUUCUUCUGGGGGAGAUUGUGGUGCCAGAUUGGGACAUGUUCCAUAGCAACCAUAACACUGCAGACUUCCAUGGUGCAGCAAGAGCAAUCGGUGGAUGUGCCGUAUACGUAAGCGACAAGCCAGGAGAACAUGACUUUGAAAUUCUCCGAAAACUUGUGCUGCCUGAUGGAUCUAUACUAAGAGCUAAAUAUGCAGGGCGACCAACAAGAGAUUGCUUGUUUCAGGAUCCAGUAAUGGAUGGAAAAAGUUUGUUCAAGAUAUGGAACAUGAAUAAGUUAUCAGGAGUGGUAGGUGUUUUCAAUUGCCAAGGAGCCGGUAGCUGGCUAAUGAAACAGGUGGCACAAGAGGUGACGAACUUGACAUCCACAGCUAAACCUCUAUCAGCUCGGAUUAGUCCUCUCCAUGUUGAAUUUCUUGAGGAAGUCGCGGGGGGAGAUUGGAGUGGAGAUUGUGCAGUUUAUGCAUUCAACUCAGGAUCUCUUUCAAAAGUUCCAAACAAAGAAAGCCUUGAAGUGUCACUAGAUGUCCUAAAAUGUGAAAUAUUCACCAUAUCCCCUAUUAAGGUUUACAAUCAGAACAUUCACUUCGCGCCAAUCGGUUUACUUGACAUGUACAACUCAGGAGGGGCAACAGAGUCUCUGAACUGCUCACUAGAUCCUAAAGGGUGCUCAAUAAAGAUCAAAGCACGGGGAUGUGACCGUUUUGGAGCCUAUUCAAACACGAAACCGUUGUGUUGUAAGGUGGAUAUGAAGGAGGAGGAGUUCACUUACAUCGUUGAGGACGGAUUGCUGACAUUGGAACUUGAAGGAGAAUGCAGUUUGAAAGAGAUUGAAGUUUCCUAUUGAAAUUGUCAAAUGUGUCUCCUAUUUUCAUCACAUGAGCUCUACAAAGAAGUUUUACAACAUAAGUGAGCUAUGUUAAGAAAGUAAAGAACAAAGGAGCUCAAAUUUGAGUGUUUUGGAUUGCUUUACACGUUUGUUAAUCUUCUUGUUCUUUUAUUGCAUUUUCUUUGCAUUGAAUGAUGUAAUUGGCAAGAGCCUUAGUAGAUGAAUAAGUAUUGAAUGGUCCAGAGGGACCGUAACAUGGUGCCCUUACUCCGUUAGAAAUUCACGUGGAUUCCACAACUAA